ACGGGCCAAGAUGGCGAGCGGAGGAGUGUCCGUGGCUUCGCUGUGGACCGAAGUGAACCGCUGCGGGCAGAAUGGAGACUACACCCGGGCCCUGAAGGCUCUGACAAAAAUUUUGCAGGAUAACAGGGAAGAUGUGACGGCUCUUCAGUGUAAAAUCGUUUGCCUUACUCAGAACGGCAGCUUCAAAGAGGCUCUGAAUGUCAUGAACACUCACACAAAGAUGCUCGGCAGUGAGGUGGUGUUUGAGAAGGCGUACUGCGAGUACCGGCUGAACCGAGUGGAAAACGCCUUGAAGACCAUUGAAAAUGCUCCGGAACAAACUGACAAGCUGAAGGAGCUUUAUGGUCAAGUGUUGUACAGACUGGAGCGCUACAACGAUUGCAAGUCCGUCUACACAGAUCUGAUCAGGAACUCCCAGGAUGAGUACGAGGAGGAGAGGAAGACCAACCUGGCUGCUGUUCUGGCUGCAAUGAGUCAGUGGGAGAAGGCCCCUCUGGAAGAUCUCGGUCUCCCAGAGUCGACCUAUGAGCUGUGUUACAACACUGCCUGCGCUCUGAUUGGCCAAGGACAGCUGGUGGAGGCUUUUAAUAAAUUACAACAGGCAGAAGAGCUUUGCAGAGUCUCGCUGGCAGAUGAUUCUGAUGUAACUGAAGAGGACAUUGAGUCGGAGUUGGCCGUCAUUCAUUCUCAGAUGGCUUACAUCAUUCAGUUACAAGGUCGGACAGAUGAGGCGCUGCAGCUCUACAACCAGGUCAUCAAGCUCAAACCGUCAGACGUGGGGCUGCUCGCUGUGACUGCCAACAAUAUUAUCACGAUAAACAAGGACCAAAACGUGUUCGACUCGAAGAAGAAGGUGAAACUCACCAACACUGAGGGGGUCGAGUACAAGUUGGCGAAGAAGCAGCUCCAGGCCAUCGACUUCAACAAAGCUCUGCUGGCCAUGUACACAAAUCAGGCCGACCAGUGCAGGAAGCUCUCCUCCAAUCUCCAGUCUCAGAACCCAGGUCACCCUCGACCGGUCCUCAUCCAGGUCGCUCAGCUGUGCAGAGAGAAGCAGCACAGCCGAGCCAUCGAGCUGCUCCAGCAAUUCUCUGAUCAGCAUCCAGAGAGUGCAUCUGGCAUCAAACUGACAAUGGCACAACUAUAUUUAGUACAAGGUCAUGUGACAAAAGCCUGCGAUGUCCUGAGGUCCAUUGAAGAGUUCAAGCACAAAUCAGGGAUGAUUUCAGCUCUAGUCACGAUGUACUCCCAUGAAGAAGACAUCGACAGCGCUAUUGACGUCUUCAAACAAGCAAUUGAGCAUUUCCAGUCUGAACAGCCGGGAUCUGCUUCCCACUUGGCUCUCGUACGAGAAGCUGCCAACUUCAAACUGAAGUACGGACGGAAGAAAGAAGCCAUUAGUGAUCUGGAGCAGCUGUGGAACCAGAACACCAAGGACAUCCACACGUUGGCACAACUCAUCUCAGCUUAUUCCCUGGUGGACACAGACAAAGCCAAAUCCCUUAGCAAACACCUUCCCUCCGCCGAGGCCAUGUCUCUCAACGUGGACGUGGACGAGCUGGAAAACUCACACGGGGCCACGUAUGUCAGGAAAAAAGCCGCUAAAGCUCCGGGAGAAAAUCUUCUUAAAGAACAAGGCCAAGCUGAGAUCAAGAAAAAGAGGAAGAAGAAGAAAGGCAAACUACCCAAGAACUGCGACCCUAAAGCAACCCCCGACCUCGAGAGGUGGAUGCCCAUGAGGGAGCGCACCUACUACAGAGGCAAGAAGAAGGGAAAGAAGAAGGAGCAGAUCGGAAAGGGAACACAGGGAGCGACGGCAGGAGCUUCAGCCGAGCUGGACGCCAGUAAGACGGCCACCAGCCCCCCCACCUCCCCCAGACCAGGGUCUGCGUCCGGCUCCACCUCAGCCGCCGCCGCCGCCAGCAACGUGGUCCCGCCGCGGCAGCAGAAACCUGCCGCCCCGGGGGCCACACGCAAGAAGGCACCACAGAAGAAGAAGAAGAGCGGGAAAGGAGGCUGGUAGAAGGAAGGAAGAGAGAGCCACGGGAUAUAUCGACCUCCGUGUGGCCGACAAAUCACCAAGAGAUCAUAAACUCUCUUUUUUUUAAUGUUUCAACUUUCAUUUAAGUUUUGUUGUUGCCGUUCAUUUAAAUGUCUCAAACCAAAACUUCCCCUUUUUCACUGAAUGUUUAAAGGACAGCGUCUCUAAAAUGAACUUUUAGUUGCUCUUCAAAAGCGGAGAUUUCUCUCAAGUUCAUGAACUUUGAGGUGAGACGAGAAUGAUUAAAAGAAAACCUCCUCAGUCUGUUUCCUCAAGUUUUCCUCCUCUGGAGAAGUCUGAUAUGAAGCCGGCUCCUCCAACCGAGCUUGAAUAUUUUUUAUAUCAAAUCAUGCAUCUUUCUCCCCUUUAACAUGUUUCACAGACGCGUCUUCCACAUGUGAGGUUGCUGUUUGCAAUCAGCCACAAUGUUGAACGUGUGCAUUUACAUCCAAUAAUUAAAACAAGAAACUGGAAAACACGGAUGAGUUUAAGGACCUUUUUUGGAAAUACGCUGCUUUUACGAUGUAACUUGAAGUUCUGAUUUGGGAGAAUUGUCUUUUAAUAUUUUGUGGUCGGACGUCACACUCUGCCUCAUCUCUGAAAUUGUCCCUUUACUUUCAGUCGACCAUCGACCUCUGAGCAUUGGAUGAAAUGUUAAAGAGUAUUUAUUUUUUGAAUUCCUGUGUUGGUCUUAAUUCAAGCGAGAGAGAAUUUUAACUCUUGAGUUUAAUUCUGUCGAAUGCAUGUUUUAGGAAAUGAGGAAGGAGACUAUUUUGGCCAAACAGGUUUCCAGUUUUGUUAAAUCUUAAUAAAACUAUUAACAGCAACA